AUGCUUAGUGAGGACGAAUUGGCGAUAAUCACGUGCACGACAAGUCGCGAGUGCGUCGAGUCAUGGGUUUUCGCGCGGGCGUUGGAACCCUUCUAUGAUACGUACGCCCGAAGGGUUGCACGCGACUCUCAAGAUUCCGUCGAACCAAGAAAUACGAGUUUUGCGUGCGAGAAAUUUGAGUCACUAGACUUCUUUACAGCAUCAUCACCGCAAUCAGCGCGCGUUCAGUUGAUCUCGCGUUUGUCCAGAGACACCCUCCUGGAUCUGCUUAAGGAUCCCGCGACAUCUCCUGUUCCCUCGCCGACCCUCCCCAGCACCUCAGAUGGUCGAGUUCGCUGGCCAAUCAUCGUCAGUGUCAGCGACACGAGGGAGACUUCGCUCACUGUGACAACUACCAUGACGCUCACGGUCAUCACCAAGGGCCCAAUGAUUCCUAGCGACGCCCAACAGGGCUAUCACGUCGCUGACAAGUCGCCUGCUGACACGCCCGUAACUCCGAAGGGCAUUCAGGCAGUCGAUCUGGAUUACCCGGAUCAAAGUGCUUCAAUAAUCUACAGCAUUGGCCUCCAAUCAGCGCAGAUUUUGAAACUGUUUAAACUAACAAAUCAGGAACAAGGAAAGUUUGACCUUGAGCUGCGAACUGCUCUUAACCGCGAGGAGGAAGGUUCGUCCACUUUUGCUGUGCCAAUCGUUGCGGCACUCUCACGAUUGGGCAGAACAGCGACCUCAACACUGACGGUAACCGUGACAACGGAUAAUCCGUCAGCUCCAUCGAAUGGCCAGGGCAGCUUGGCUGUUUACGUCCCAUCAAACACCGGCGCGGUACCCAAUUUGCCGAUAGCUUACAUGCCGGUUGGAGAACAGUUCCCCACGGACCGCAGCACUCGCGUGUUCAGUUUUACCCCGGAGGACGACAACAACCUCCUUUUCGCAGUAAACGAUGAAGGCCUUCUCUACUUGAUAACAGCUUCUCCGCCUGGUGAAAGAUGGUUGAAAGCCGAGGUCACCACAAAGUUCCAGCCAACCCUCAAAACUGCGACGAGCCAGCUUCAAGUUUAUGUGCACUGGCUUCCUGGAAGCGGUCUCAUGAACGGUCUUCUUUUUCGCAUCUCAAAAGCCACUCUGUUGUGGUUUGUCAGACAGUCAAGUCCACUCGAGCCGACGCCGAGGGAUCGGCUGGUGUCAGCCAUGUCGAAACAGUUGGGAGUCAGCGAAGAAUACAUCACCAUGUUUCCAGUUAAAUCUCUCGGCAACAACUUCGAUGUCUUUGUCGGAAUACACGCAUCGCCCUACGAGGUGCCCGGAAGGCUAAUUGACACACUCAUAAAUGACGUGGACCUGUAUAACACAGCUCUGAGAGGCAGCGAUGACACCCUGCAGGCUGAGGUUGCAACUUCAAUCCACGGUGUGUCAGGACCCGCGGUGUUGAAGUGUGAUUCAGAAGCUGCCUCGGUGUCAGCUUGCGGUGGCCGGGGCUGUAGAAGUCUUCUCUCCGCUCCAACUCCUCCGACAACGGGUUCUGUGGCCAGCUACGGCGGUCUACUGCCGCUGGUACCUGGCGCCAGCACAUUCGGUCCACAAGUCAGACCCUCUAUCGAUUGUUGGUGCAACGGAGAUGAUCCAACUCCAAGCACGCAAGCGCCCACCUCGUGUCUUGAUGCCAACGCCUGUCUAAAUGGCGGAUUCUGCAGUGAGUUGCCAGGCACACAGACAACAACCUGCGAGUGUCAGGCCGGAUUUUCUGGACCGCGAUGUGAGCAGACGCAAGUUUACUUCAACGAUGGUGGCUACGCCUGGGCGCCAGCUAUCGGCGGCUGUACAAGGCUUCACAUUCGCUUUGCAUUCAAAACAGGCGCCAGUAUUGAGCGUUCCGGCCUGUUGCUGUACGCAGGCCCGAUCAGCCAAUCAGUGAGUGAAAUGAGAAGCCAUGAUUUUAUUGGACUUCAGCUGGAAUCAGGUGGACGUCGACUGAAGCUAGCUUACAGUCUGGGAUCAGCUGGUGUGAGAACCGCCGAGUUCUCGAGCAACGCCCGUCUGGAUGAUACAAACUGGCACGAGAUUGAUUUGCUUCUCACCCAGACGUUGGGACUGGAUCAAGUGAACGGUCUAGAGAAGCCGCCCAACCUCCAGGACUGUCUCUUCCGCCUGCCCUACCACGUCGGCACGCGACGUGCCCUCAACGUGGGUCAGUGGCCGCUUCAACUUGGUGGUCGCAAGCAUGCCGACGUGUCGAAAGCCCUCUACCCCGCCGAAUUGACCACCAACUCGCUUCCAAGUGGAAGCAGCAUUCGACGAGUCGUUGUCAACGGCGAACUCUGGAAUUUGGCGCAGUUCAACCUCGGUAGCAAUGCCUUGCCUGGACCAAGCGUGUGCUUGAAUUCUAAAGGCCUGGACGUCUGUGCACCAAAUGGCGUUUGUGUGGAAGUAAACGGCUCUCCCAGGUGCCAAUGCAACGCCGGAUUCCAAGAGAAGGGCUUGGGAUGCCGUCCCUCCGCGUACUCAGUCGAACUCGGUCCGUCCCCUAGUUACCUCGAGCUCACUGCCAAAACCGAGUGGAUCGAUCAACCACACACCGAAGUGAACUCCUCCUUCGAUGUUCGACUGUCGAACACGCGGCUGGAGGUGGUCCUGAAUCUGGGGGACUUCAACGCGCUCACGGCCUCGCCCGCGCGCAGCCAACUGAACGACGGCGCGUGGCACCACGUGCACAUCCACAGGUCGCUCUCCUCCAUCUUCGUCGAAAUCGACGGCGCGGCUGGAAAGGGCCACUCAGCCUUCCUUCCUAUCAACACAGCCUCCAACUUCUUCAAAAUGUCCAUCGGGAAAAAGGUUCUGAUUGGUGCAAGACGUGACCUUGUGCCGGGCGCCCCCUCAUUGGCUGACGGGGAGGUUCGGCCAGCAUCCUCGAGCAUAGGGUCGACUUGUCUACGCGACCUCCGAGUGAACGGUGCGUGGUAUCCCCUCUCCCAGGCAGAAGUCACCGCUGCGGGCACAGCCGGGCAUGUGGUCAGCAUGAAGGGUUAUGGCGACAACCUCGACUCGUGUUCCGAUCUAACGGCCUGUCCAGCCGACGCUUCGUGUCCUGGCGACCUGACAUGUCCAUCAAACUGUGUGCAAGGCGAGGCGAAUAGGUGCUUCUGCUUGGCCGUCUGCUCACUAUUCCCCUGCCUCAACGGCGGAACCUGUCAGCCCUCGUCAACAGAUAGUCGCGGAUUCAAGUGCGACUGUCCAACCACCCACUUCGGAUUGUUCUGUGAGGCAGAAGUCAUGCGAGCGGGGCUUAGUGUUGGCGCGUUUACGGGAAUCGUCAUUGCUAUUUUCGCCGUCCUUGGACUCAUAAUCGGCGUUGUGGUGUGGCGAUGUUACAGGAAGCGAACACCACCACAACUGUCUCCAGACAAAGAUCUUCGUGAACAUGUUAUGCCUUACUUUGAACAAGCAGACGAAAUCGAUACGCACAGUUUUGACGAAGGCAGGCUGGCCUUCCAGCAUCCACCGCAGAUGACCCAACGCGUGCGAACUAGCACCACGUCACCAGGCGACGCACGCUCAACCAGCUUCCAGCAGGUUUUGAACGCUCAGCUUAAGACAAAGCCGAUCGAGGUGCCGGAUUACACCCUGGACUACGGAUACGAGGGGGGCAACACCAGCGCCGAGGAAGACGAGGUGGAGAGAGACAACUACCUGGACGAGAGUGAGGACAGCAGAAUGCGCUCAAUGAGCUCGUCUGGGUUUCAGGACCAGCUGCAGCCCUUUGGAGACACUUUUGAUGCUCUGGAUCAACUGACAGACGGCGCUGGCAGCCCAAUGGAUGCUCAUCGAUCGCCUAGCUACGUUCGAUGCCAAUUUCAAAGUGUCCCGUUUGAAGAAUCAAAUGUUUUCGCCGUCAACUCUCCUUCCUACCGCUUGUGUGACACGCCAACCAGCGUCAGCCUCACUGUGGCCCUACUCAGAAGGCCAAAGGAUAUCGUUUCUCCUGAAAAAAUUAAAAUUCCAGUAAUUAGACAAAGCUUCUUCCAAACUAUCGAACUCCACAACUACCUUCGACAUCAUGCAUUCGGAUCAACGUAA